AUGGCUACCAACGGAGGCCGCUUUGCCUCGCGUACCGCCUUCGAGGCACUCCAGGUCGAGGAAAUCGAGUCGGACGAGGAAGAGGUGGUCGAGCAGCAGCAGCAGCCUCAAAAGCAAUCUUCGCCUGCAAAGCCUUCCGCACCCGCCACCGCCAAGAAGCAGGCUGCAAAGGACAAGGCUGCCGGCGCCAAUGCAAACGCCAAGGUCGAGUCGGGUGCGAAGCCGGUGCACCCCGCCAGCACCCCCAACGCCAACGCCGACGACGCCGCUGCUGCCGCUGCACCCGCUCCCGUAGCUCAGCUGCAAAACGGCUCCAACGGCCAGCAGUCUCUGCCUUCCGCUGCGGCUGAAAAGCUCGGAGCCCAGAGCAAGGUCACUCCUACGCCGCCUGCACCCUUUGCUGCCUCGGCACCCAAGCAGGCCGCUGCUGCUCCCGCUGCUGCUCCUGCUGCCGCUCCCGCCCCCAAACAGGAGCAGCCCAAGCCAGCUGUCCAGCCGCAGUCCAUCCUGGCGCAGGCUUCCAAAUCGGUUGCUGCUGCCGGCAAGGAGGCAGUGCAGACCACCAAGUCGCACAUCGCACCGCGAGCUGCGCAGCCCGAAAAGCAAAAGGCGCCAGCGAACGAGAGCGCCGAGGACGCAGCGGCGGCGGCCAAGGCCAAGUGGAAAAAGAUCUACGAGCGAACGCUGUUCACGUUCAUCAUGAUCGGCGCGUUCAUUGCGCUUCUGCUGCUGGGCCAUCCGUACAUGAUCCUGCUGGUCAUGGUGUCGCAGACGCUCGUGUACCGCGAGAUUGUGGCGCUGUUCAACAUUCCGGGUCGUCCGUCGGUGACGGGCGGUGGACGCUCGAGCCGCAUGUCGUCCGCACCCACCAGCGCGGCGACGAGCGAGGUGGACGACGACGAAGAGGACGAGCGCAUCCGCAGGCGUCUCGAGGGCCGCCGCGAGGAGCUGUGGUCCAAGUCGCUCAGCUGGUACUUUUUCGCGGUGGCCAACUACUUUUUGUACGGCGAGUCGAUCAUCUACUACUUCAAGCACAUCGUCUUUGUGGACGCCUACUUUAUCCCGUUCGCCCGGCACCAUCGAUUCCUGUCGUUCAUGCUGUACGUGUUUGGAUUCAUGGCGUUUGUGUCGAACCUCAAGCGGCGCAACCUCAAGCAUCAGUUUGGGCUGUUUUGUUGGGUGCACAUGUCGCUGCUGCUCAUCGUCUUCUCGAGCCACUUUAUCGUCAACAACAUCCUCGAGGGUCUGAUUUGGUUCUGGGUGCCGGCGUCGCUGGUCAUUUGCAACGACGUGUUUGCCUAUAUUUGCGGCAUGACGUUCGGCAAGACACCGCUCAUCGAUCUCAGUCCCAAGAAGACGGUCGAGGGAUUUGUGGGUGCGCUCGUGGUGACCGAGGUGUUUGCCUACGGUUGGGCAACCUUGUUCCAGCGCUUCAACUACAUGAUCUGCCCCGCGGUCAGUCUGGGCAUGAACGCCUUCAAGGAGAUCACGUGCGAGCCCAAUCCGGUCUUCCACUGGCAUUACCUCUCGCUUCCGCCUGCGGUGUCGUCGUUGGCAUCGUCCGUGGUGGGUCACAGGGUGUCGGCGCUGCCGUGGACGUAUUUCCAGCUGCAUGCGCUCGUCAUGGCUGCCUUUGCCAGCUUGGUCGCGCCGUUCGGAGGAUUCUUUGCGAGCGGCUUCAAGCGCGCGUUCAACAUCAAGGACUUUGGCGACAGCAUCCCCGGCCACGGUGGACUCACCGACCGAUUCGACUGCCAGUUCCUCAUGGGCCUCUUUUCGUACGUCUACUACUCGUCGCUCAUCCGCGAGCACCAUGUGACCGUCGGAUCCGUGCUCCAGACCGUUGUGACGCAGCUCACGCUCGACGACCAGCUGGAACUCUACUCGGAAAUCAGCCGCUACCUCGUGGGCCAGGGCAAGCUGCCCAAGGCCCGAUGA